UCGCAGGCAGGGGCAGGUGGAACUCGGUCCCGCCGCCCCCCGGGCGCCCCUCGCCGCCCCACCGGCUGGCCGGGAAGCCGCAUCCUGGUCCUCUUCUCCGUCCCGCCACCAUGUUCAAGAAGCUGAAGCAGAAGAUCAGCGAGGAGCAGACGCCGCCGCGCGGGGCGGGGGGACGCACGGGCUCCCUCCCGCCGCAGGUCCUUUCCAAAUCACCUCCACCAACUGGCAACAGAAGUAGGACAUCUUCAUUUACAGAUCAGAAUGAUGAAGGCACUGUAACACCAGACAAAGAGCUGUUAGCCGGAAUGAUAGCAGAACCUGCUUUUCUCUCUGAGUAUACUAUCUUUGCUUUGGAUCCCACCAAACAACCUAAGCCACAGAGUGACAGUGUGAACUUAACUAAACAACCACUUCCGGGAUCCACAGAAAAUGAUGGAAGUGAACCAGCCUCCCCACAGCAAAGUGACACUCAGUCUUUCACCCAGAGGCUUCAGCUCCGAGUUUCCUCCAUGGAAUCUUUGUUUCGAAGCCCAGUAAAAGAGACCCUAUUCCGCUCUUCUUCUAAGGAGUCUCUAGUACGAAGUUCUUCAAGAGAUUCGCUGAAUCGACUGGACUUGGAUGCCCUCAGUCUCACAUUUGACUCACCUUCUGACAUUGAAAGUGAAACAGAAGAGCCUCCUGGAAAUAUGGACAGCCUCAGCAAAGAACAGUUGCUGCAGCGACUGCGCAGAAUGGAGCGCAGUUUGGGCAACUAUAGGGGAAAAUACUCAGAGCUAGUGUCUGCUUAUCAAGUUAUCCAGCGGGAAAAGAAGAAGCUACAGAGCAUUCUGAGUCAAAGUCAGGAUAAAGCACUUCGCAGAAUUGGAGAACUGAGAGAGGAGCUCCAGAUGGAUCAACAAGCAAAGAAACAUCUUCAAGAGGAAUUUGAUGCUUCCUUAGAAGAAAAGGAUCAACUUAUUAGUGUGCUGCAAACUCAGGUGUCGUUGCUGAAACAAAGGUUACAGAAUGGUCAAAUAGGCACUGAAUUGCUUGAUCAAAAUAUGCAAUCAGAACCACAAGUUCAAAGUCCAGCAGAAGAAGUCAGUGCAGAAAAUAUUGUGGAACCAGGAAGCAAUGAGGGUAACGAAGAUUCUGUUAAAGCACUGGAAACUCUUAAUCAGAGGGUGAAGCGCCAAGAGAACUUGCUGCAACGUUGUAAGGAGACGAUUCGGUCACAUAAGGAGCGCUGCGCCCAGUUAACCAACGAGAAAGAGGCACUUCAAGAACAGUUAGAAGAGAGGCUUCAGGAACUGGAAAAAAUGAAGGACCUUCACAUGGCUGAGAAGACUAAACUCAUUACACAGCUGCGUGAUGCAAAGAAUUUGAUUGAACAGCUAGAGCAAGACAAGGGUAUGGUAAUUGCAGAGACAAAGCGACAAAUGCAUGAAACAUUGGAAAUGAAGGAGGAGGAGGUAGCCCAACUGCGUGCUCGGAUCAAACAGAUAACUACAAAAGGCGAGGAAUUAAAAGAACAGAAAGAAAAAUCUGAAAGAGCUGCUUUUGAAGAGCUUGAAAAGGCUCUAAGUAUUGCCCAAAAGACAGAGGAAGCCCGGAAAAAACUGCAGACAGAAAUGGAUGAAAAAAUUAAAGCAGUAGAAAAGGCAAGUGAAGAAGAGAGGUUAAAUCUUCAACGGGAAUUAACCAGAGUGAAACAAGAGGUGGUUGAGAUUAUGAAGAAGUCUUCAGAGGAACGAGUUGCUGAACUAGAAAAAAUCCAUAAAAAAGAAAUGGCUACCAAAGAUCAGGAGCUAAAUGAGAGAUUACAGGCGCAAGAAAAGGUGUUCCAGGAGAAGAUGAAGGCAGCUCUUGAAAAAAAUCAGAGCGAGUGCUUAAAAACCCUUCAAGAGCAAAAGCAGCAAGAAUCCCUAGCCUUAGAAGAAUUAGAGCUGCAGAAGAAAGCCAUACAGUCUGAGUGUGACAAGAAAGUUCAGAAGAUGCAUCAAGAAGUAGAGACUUUUAGAACUAGGAUUCUUGAACUGGAGAGCUCUCUUGCAAAGUAUUCGCAAGGUGACAGAAAGUCAGAGGAAUUAAGUACUCUCAUAGAGUCUGAAAAAAAGAAGCACAGUAAGGAAAUUAGUGAUAUGGUUGAAAAACACAAUAAAGAAUUGGAGAAUGUGAAACAGCAGCAAGAAAGUCUUUGGACAGAAAAACUUGAAAUUUUAAAGCAACAGCACAUAACUGAAAUAGAAAAAAUAAGAGAGAAACAACAACAAGAGAUAGAUACGAUUUUGAAAGAAAAAGAAACAGUUUUCUAUGCACACAUAGAAGAGAUGAAUGAAAAAACAUUAGAAAAACUUGAUGUGAAACAAACAGAACUAGAAGCAUUGUCUUCUGAGCUAUCGGAAGCACUAAAAAUACGUAAUGAUUUAGAACAAGAGCUCUCAGAAUUAAAUAGUAAAGUGUGUGAAGCAAAGCAAGAAUUGGAAGGAAAGUUGGAAGAAGAGAGGAAACGGCACAAUGAAGUGAUUGAAAAAAUGUUAAGAGAGCACGAAAUGUCUAUUCAAAGUGUUGAGAAGGUACUCAAAGAGGAACUCAACACGCUCAAGCAAUCCCUGGAGGAGAAAGACAGGCAUUUGGAAGAAUUAAAAGCACAUGAACAGAAACUAAAGGAAUCUGCAGAAAGAUCUGAAGCUGAACUUGUCCAAGUGUCUGCAAAGCUAGAGGAGCAAAGCAACGAAAAAGUAACCUCUCUAACACAACAGUAUGAAUGUCAACUGAAGGAUCUACAAAGGAAGGCUGAUGAGAUGAAGAGAAGUCUAACUGAGAAGGAAAAUGAAAUUGAGCACAUGAAGAAAUUACAGAACAACCAAGUGGAAGAGCUUAAGGAGAAACUGUUAGCUACAGAGGAGAAAAUUAGUGCUUUACAAGGAGAGUAUGAAAGUAAACUGAAAUGUCAGGAAAAGAAAAUGGAAAAAAUGAAGCAGAAAUCUAAAGAUAUGCAGGAAACUUUCAAAAAGAAACUUGCUGAGCAGGAAGCUAAACUAAAAAAUGAGCUUGAAAACAAGCAGUUGGAGUUCAGUCAGAAAGAGAGUGAAUUCAAUGCUAAAAUGUUGGAAAUGGCACAUGCCAGCUCAGCUGGAAUCAAUGAAGCUGUGUCAAAACUUGAAUCUAAUCAGAAAGAGCAACUAGAGAGUCUUGCUGAGGAUCAUAGGAGGAAUUUGGAAGAAAUUGUCCAAAGUUGGGAAAAGAAACUUAAUCAGCAGGUUGAAGAGCUCCAGGAAAAACAUGAUAUGGAACUGCAAGAGAAAGAACAGGAAGUUGGAGACCUGAAACAGAAGCUUGCCAUCUUCACUGCUGAAAAGGAGGACUCCAGAACAGAAAUAACCCAACUGAAGGAAGAACAAGUGAAAAGGGAGGAGUGCCUGAAGGAAUUGCAAGAACAGCUAAGGCAGUCAGUGGCUAGGGUGAACACUUUGUCAGAUACAGAAAGUGACCUGAAAACACAGUUGAGAAAAUUGGAAGGUGAUCUUAAACAGUCUUUGGAAGAGCAGACAAAACUUCAGGAGCAACUCAGUAAACAGAAAGCAGUUGAAGAGAAGGACAAAGCUAAAAUUAUUGAGCUGGCUGAUAGACUGAAAACUCUUGAAGAGCAACUCCAAACUGUGCUAUCUUCCCAGUAUAAAGAUCAUAAAAAUUAUGAGAAAAAAAUAGAGGCGAUUCAGCUAAAAGAAACUGAAUUGAAAAGGUUGUCAGGAGAACUUGCAACCCAGUUAGAUGCUUAUUGGAAAAAUGUUGAAGCUUUAUUGCAAACAAAAGGCAAUGAAUUAAUUGAAAAAUGUAAGGACAAAAUUAGCAUAGUAACAUGCAAAAUUGCAGACUGUGAGCGCCAAACUGCAAAAGUUAAAGAAGCAGUAUUAAUCAAAACAAGUAAGAUAACUGAAUUAGAAGCUCAACUUAGAGAAAUAACAGAGCAUCAUUCUGCUUCUACUACUUCUUUACAAAAGUCAAUGCAAGUGCUGCAAGAGAAGGACAAUUUAAUUAUGUCCAUGAGAGCCGACAUUGAAAGACUUGUAACAGAAAAGGAACAAUUGCAGAAAGAGGGAGGGCAUCAGCAGCAAGCAGCAUCAGAGAAAGAAACUUGCAUAACACAGCUGAGGAAAGAGUUAUCUGAAAAUAUCAACGCUGUUACAUCAAUGAGGGAGGAACUCCAGGAAAAACAAUCUGAAGUGUCUGCUCUCAACAAAACAAUUAAUGACCUUAAUGUUAGGCUUGAAAGCACAGUAAGUUUAAGAGAGAAGGAAGCAGCCAUGUCUCUGUUAAGCAAAACACAUCAAGAGGAUCAGUUGCAGUUGUUAAACCAGAUACAAGAGUUAUCAUCCAGAGUCGAGAUGCUGAGUCAAGAAAAAGCAUCAACCCUUGAUUGCAUGGCCCAGCUGUCAGAGUGGAAGAUGAAAGCACAAACCAGGCUUACACAAAAUGAUGAUACUAUUAAAGAUUUGCAGAGCAAACUUGAAUUAAGCAAUACUGCAACCAGUAAAAAAGAUGAAGAGCUAAAUAAACUGAAGGAGCAGCUGGCUAAACAAGCCAAGAAUCUUGAUAGUUUAAAAAGUGAAUUGGAACAAAAGCAAAACAGGAAGGAAAAGCAAGAAAGUGAGUUAACCUCAAAUUUAAAAAAACAAGCAGCAAAAAUUGCUGAACUAGAAAAACACAUUGCUGAUAAAACUUCAGAAAAUGAUUCCUUGGUGGAGGAACUUAAAAAGUGUAAUGAACAAAAAGACACAGAGAAAAAAGAGAUAGCUUGGCAACUCCAGCAGGCAGAGAAGGUGGCUUUUGAAAAGGACAAUAGAUUUAAGAAGGCUGAAGAAAAAGUGCUUAAUCUUGAGAAGCAAAUAGAUUCACUGAAAGCUGAUUUUGAAGCAAAGGAGAGGGAAUUUGAUCAAAUGAAGUCAGUGAUGCUUAAAAGCAAAGAGGAAGAACUGAAAGAAUUAGAAGAAAGGAUGAUUGUAGAGAACAGCACUAAGCUGGCAGAUUUGAAGAAGAAGGCAGAGCAAAAAAUAGGUUCUAUUAGAAAGCAAUUAAUGUCUCAGAUGGAAGAAAAGGAACAGAAAUUUAAGCAAGAUAGAGAGGAUCAGUUAAGAGAGUUGGAACAGAAAAUGCAGGAGAGAGAAGCCAAAAUCAAGUCCUUAGAAGAAAAAAUUAAAUCAACAAGAGAUUCCGCAGAAUUAGAGAAGGAAAUGCUGGAAAAACUAGAGAGUGUAAAAGCUACUGUAGAACAAGAAAAAAAUAACAUGCUUGAGAGUAUCCAACAGACAUACAAAGAGAAAAUGCAUGUGUUACAGAAGAGCUUAACUGAAAAAGAUGAAUUAUUGCAGAAGUAUGAGAAAGAACAACGAGAGAGUAAUGACUCUCAUCUAGAACUUCAAAACAAACAGAAAGAAUUCCUUAAAAAACUAGAAUAUGUUGAGAAGAGCCAUCAGGAAGAGCAGAGUAAGGCCGAAAGCCUCAGGAAGGAACUUCAGGAGCAAACAAAAAAAUACUUAUUGUUAGCAGAUGAGCAUGCUCGUUGUGGUGGUGAUUUGGCAAGAAGUAGGGAAGAAUUGAAAGGUACAGAACAAAAACAUCUUGAUAUGGAGAAUAUAAUUGGAGAUUUCCAGAAGAAAUUGCAGGAAAAGGAGGCAGUCCGUCAGUUUUUAGAACAGAAGAUAAAAGAGUUAGAAAAUAAUCUAGUGAAGAAAAAUGAAGUGCAUAAGAUUGAGAUGGAAGAUACAAGUUUAAGAUAUGAAGAAAAGCUAAAAUGUUUACAGCAACACUUGGAUGAAAGAAAUGACAGUCUGAAAGCUUUUGAGGAAAAUGCUGAAGAAAAGGCUAAAUCUGUUUUGGAGCUGCAGAAAUUACUAGGUGAUAUGCAGAACCAGCAGAAGGACUUACAGGCUAAACUGGAAGAGACUGAAAGGGAGAAACAGAAACUACACAAAGAGGUUAAUAAUCUUCAAAAAGACUUACGUAUUUUACGAAAAGAACAUCAACAAGAGCUUGAUAUAGUGAAGAAGGAGUCCUUAGAAGAAAUGGAGCAGAAAAUCAGAUGUGAACAAGAAGAUAUUGAGUUAAAGCACAACUCCACCUUAAAGCAGUUAAUGAGAGAGUUCAAUACUCAACUGGCUCAAAAAGAGAGAGAAUUGGAAGCAGCAGUAAAAGAGACAAUCAGUAAAGCCCAGGAGGUAGAAAAUGAAUUGAUAGAAAAUCAUCACAUAGAGACAACUCAGUUGCAUAAAAGAAUUGUUGAAAAAGAUGAUGAUCUAAAAAGAACUGUGAAAAAAUAUGAAGAAAUCCUUGAGUCGCGUGAAGAAGAGAUGACAGCAAAAGUUCAUGAGUUACAGGCACAGCUAGAAGACUUGCAAAAGGAAUACAGACAAAGGAUUGCAGAAGAGGAACAUUGGAACAAUGAAAAAUUCUCCACUCCUUGGAGUUUCCAUGGCAGACUUUGGAGAAACUCAAAGGAGUUGUUCCAUCUGUGGCAGGUCACACUAUCAGAACUAAAGGCACAGCUUGCACAGAAAACGACGUUAGUCAACGAUUCAAAACUGAAAGAGCAGGAAUUGAAAGAGCAGAUUCAUGUACUGGAAGACCGGCUGAAAAAUUACGAGAAGAAUAUGUACGUCACACCAGUUGGAACGCCGUACAGAGAUGGAAACCUUCACCAUACUGACGUUUCCAUUUUUGGGGAGCCUACGGAGUUUGAAUACUUGAGGAAAGUGCUCUUUGAAUAUAUGAUGGGUCGUGAGACAAAGACAAUGGCCAAGGUUAUAACAACAGUGCUAAAGUUCCCAGCAGAUCAGACUCAGAAGAUACUAGAACGAGAAGAUGCUCGACCAAUGUUUGCCUCACCUCGCAGUGGUAUCUUUUGAAUAUCCCAUCAGUCUGUGCUUAGUUAGCAUGUGGUCAUGGCUACGACCAUCUUGAAUUUGUGAUGAGAAUAUCUCAUGACACUGCUGCUUAGAAAUAUGUUUAUAUCUCUGUUGUUGUCCCUUGAAAAGGGACAAGAAGAAAAGCUAUUAUUCAAGGUCGCAAAUGGAACAGCAAGAACCAAAACUCAACACCACCUUUGGACCAUGAAUAUAGUUAAGACUGCCUUGACAGAAAUGCUAAUCAGGGGUUAUUUGAUGAUGAGUCUUUCUCUUCUAUUGAAUACUGUCUUCUAUUUUGUGUUAAAGGUUAUUUUUUUAAAGGAGAGAAAAGACUUUAUCCUAGGAAGGAAUUACCCACUACUGUAUCUUUAUACAGGUUUUACUGGGUGUUUUUUAAGAGUUGAAAUAAAUGGUUUGUUUCUUCUAUUUAUUUUUUUUUAUUUUUGAAUGAAUUGUGCAAUACAUUUUGAAUGAGCAGUGGUUGAGGUGAUUUUUCUGAUGAAGUAGGAACUUCUUUUGACGAUUCUCUCCUGAUUUGAUCUUGACUGUUUGCUAAAGGUCACUUCUAUAUGCUUUUGCCUAUUUUUGCCUACAAUAAAUCCAAAUUGCAGUACCUCAUUUGUUUACUCCUAGCUUUUGUACUUAUAUUUUUGUGGAGAAAAGUUAUGUUCCUGUAAAUUCCUGUAAAUAGUUCAUAUGUAACUGUAUCAUAUGCUGAUCUGUGACUGUUGACAGCACUAAUCUAAAUAGACCUGAGAUUAAAUAAAGUUUAUUUACUGUAUAAUUUUGGAACA